UUUCAGGUUUCACGAUUCAAGCUUUUAGGCCUAGUUUAUAAAAUAAAGGUAAGCUGUUUACAGGUAUAGCUUGUAACGGUCAUAGGCUACAUUUUGCGAAUAGCACAAUUAGGUAUAAAAGUUGCCCUGCCAAAUUAAAUAAUGGCAGCGUCAUUUCGGUCAGGAUGCUCUUUGACCAGUCGUGUAGGAAAACUUGUCAACACAGGCCAUCAGAGGAAUGCAAGAGUUUUAAAUAGUGGUAUUUUCUUGAAAACUCCUGGAAUAUUAUUAACAGCAUCAACCAUGCCUUUCACCUGCUCAAGUGUAGACUUCGUGGAAAACAAUAUGGACAUUUAUAAUAAGUCUCAAGUUUUUAAUUCCAAUGGACAAAUAUUACAACCCGUUACGAACUGGACAAACGAAUCAAUUCGUGGCCUUUCAUCUUCAUCUUCUGAUGAUGGAAAUGAUAACGAAGAUGUAAAUUCUAGUAAAGAUAAUGAGUCAUCUGAAGGAUCAGAUCUAAAAUCAAAUGGUGGUAAAGUAGGAUCUUCCAGAGGUAAAAAGCCGGAUGAUAAAGGAUCAUCAAAGAAAAAGGGAUCAUCUGAGAAUGGAGGCCCACAUAUUGCCUGCCCAGAAUGUGGAAAUCCAACUCAACGAGCAACAGACAAUUCCGAGCGAUUUGUUGAAUGCAAAAAAUGCGGUCAGUUUUUUCAAGUUACACAUGAAGAGGAAAAGAGACAUUAUCACGAAGGCCACAAGAGUGAAGAAGGGGUAUGGGAAAGUAGGCCCCCACCACCUCCCAAAAAGAUUCGUGAAUAUCUUGAUAAAUAUGUGGUUGGACAAAGUCAUGCCAAAAAAGUACUUUCAGUAGCUGUUUAUAACCAUUAUAAACGUAUUUAUAACAACACUCCGACCUCCUCUAAGCAAACGCAACAAACUGAUGCAGAUCGCAGUCAGCAUCUUUAUACUUCUCGAGCAUCUUAUUCUGAUCCAUUUUUCAAGAGGAGAAAACGAGGAAGGAAGGUUAAUACAAGAAAUGAUGUUCUUCAUAUGGCUGGUAUUUUACCUGGAAACAGUAUUGGAAAACCCCCUGGUAGCGGUUCGAUGAGAGAUGAACUAUUCAAUGAAAACACCAGCGGGGGAGGAAAAGUGAAACCUAAAGCGAUAGCAGAAGUUAUAGAAAAUGAUAAAGAUCAAGAAGUCAUGUUGGAAAAAAGUAAUAUUUUGAUGCUCGGACCAACUGGAUCAGGAAAGACACUGCUCGCUCAAACACUUGCUCGUUGUUUGGAUGUACCGUUUGCAAUUUGCGAUUGUACAACGUUAACACAAGCUGGUUAUGUUGGUGAAGAUAUUGAAUCAGUCAUUGGUAAACUCUUGUAUGAUGCUAACGGAAACGUAGAAAAAGGACAGCAAGGUAUUGUAUUUUUGGAUGAAGUUGAUAAAAUAGGAAGUGUACCUGGUGUUCAUCAAUUACGUGAUGUCGGUGGUGAAGGUGUUCAACAGGGUCUUCUGAAAAUGUUGGAAGGAACUAUCGUCAACGUACCGGAAAGGAAUUCAAGAAAACUACGUGGAGAAUCUGUUGCUGUUGAUACCACUAAUAUAUUAUUUGUAGCAUCAGGUGCUUUCAAUGGUUUGGAUAAAAUUGUUGGCAGAAGGAAAAACGAAAAGUCAUUAGGUUUUUCACAUAAACCUUCAUCAUCACCGUCCAAAUUAGAGGAAUUGGCAACUGAACUGGGAUUUGAACAGAAAGUUGCAACAACACUGCAAGAAAAUUUAGAACGAGAUGAACUUCUACAACAAACUGAAGCUAGGGAUCUCAUUGAGUUCGGAAUGAUACCGGAAUUUGUCGGCCGUCUUCCAAUCACUGUGGCUCUUCAUAGUCUUACUGCCGAACAUUUAAUGCUUAUUUUAACUGAACCGAAAAAUGCUAUUGUUCAACAAUUUCAGGCUCUCUUCAAUAUGGAUAAAGCAGAUCUUGCAAUCACACCUUGUGCUCUUGAGGCGAUCGCUCAUCAAGCAUUAGAAAGGAAAACUGGAGCAAGAGGAUUGAGAUCAAUGAUGGAAAAACUGUUACUUGAGGCAAUGUACGAAGUGCCUGGGAGUGACAUUAUUGGUGUAUGUGUUGAUAAGGAUGUUGUUCACGGGACCAAAGGACCUGAUUAUAUUCGAGCUCCAAAUUUACAAAAAACUCAAGAGAAUGAGAACAGCGAUGAUUCAACUAGUGAAGAUCAAACUGCCGGGUCUCGAUAUGCAUUAUAGUACUAUCUGAUUAAUAUCAAUGAAAUUUCUUGAAAGUUUUUCCCCCCUGUUUUUGACAAUAAAAUUUUUGAUGAUGAUCACAUUAGGGAUGUCCAAGUCCGAAUACUCUGGCAGCAGUGAAGUCAUAUUUUGCUUCAUAAUAUAAAUAAUUCUAAAUUGGAUACUUUAUGUCAAUCUAUUUCAGAGAAAAAUUUUGGUAUUGGUAAUUUAGUUGAAGAAAUGGUGAAACGAAUGAACAAAACAAUUUGAAUUAAAUUUUAAAUUGCAAGUAUUUGUUAAUAUGAAUUCAUUGGACAUCCCUGUCCUAUUGUCACUUGUGUAAUUUGUGACCAUCUCAUUUUGAAGCUUUUCUUUAUUAGCAAAGAUUACUAUAUUUUUAAUAUAUUUACUUCAACAUGUAAAUCUC